UGUAACGUGCGCAGCAGAUGGUCCGCGUAACGUCCCUGCUCCGCUGACAUCCACUUCCUCCUCCAGGCUGAUGUUUCAUGUCAGAGCCGUGCCAGCCCUGACACGGGCCGGGGCGGACACCUCCUUUAAACGUCUACUCUGCAGCCGAAGACUCCGCUCCACCGUCACAUCGACCCUGGCGACCCAGACAGAGCCGCGGGAGGAUGUCAGCAGCCGCGGCGGGGCUCGACAUGACUCGGCGCACUCGGAGUUCCCAGGACAGCCGGGGAGCGGAGGGAGAGACAGCACCACCAACACCACCUCCACCGCUGCUGCUAAUGAGAUCUCCGUAGACUUUGACCAGACGCAGGAGGCUUAUAAGAGCAAAGACUCAUUAGAGCUGCUCAGAAGUUUGGUGGUUUUCAAACUCUGCUCCUAUGACCUCCUGGUUGAUAAGAAUAAAGAGAUAAUGGAUCUAGGUCAGAAGAUCCUGGGCCGGAGAACCUUCGACCAGUUCAUGAAGAUGACAUUUUAUGGCCAGUUUGUCGCCGGUGAGGACCACAAGGACAUCAAGCCGCUGAUCCAGAAGAAUCAGGCCUUCGGUGUCGGCUCUGUCCUGGACUACAGCGUGGAGGAAGACAUCAGCCAAGAGGAGGCCGAGCAGAAAGAGAUGGAGUAUGAGAGUAGCG